UCCAACCGAUACCGCUAAAGUCAGUGGAGCAAUCGGCCUGCGAUGGCGGUGGAGGCGAUUUCUCCUGACUGGGAAUUCGAUCGAUUUGACGAUGGGUCUACAAAGAUCCACACGGAGGUGCAGCAGAAGAACUAUGGGAAGUUUCUGGAGGAGUACACCUCUCAGCUGAAAGGCAUCGAGGACGCUCUCGAUGACUCCAUAGGAGACGUUUGGGACUUCACCCUGGACCCCAUAGCCCUGAAGCUUCUCCCAUAUGAACAGUCCUCGUUGUUGGAACUGAUUAAAACAGACAACAAGGUUCUGAACAAAGUCAUUACAGUGUACGCAGCCCUCUGCAGUGAGGUUAAAAAGCUGAAGUAUGAGGGGGAAAACAAGUUCUACAACGGCUUGCUGUACUAUGGUGAAGGAGUGUCCGACAGCAGUGUGGUUGAAGGAGAGUCACAGGUUCAGAUGGGCCGGUUCAUCUCUUUCUUUCAGGAGCUGUCCUGUUUUGUGUCGCGGUGCUUUGAGGUGGUGGUCAACAUUGUCCAUCAGCUGGCGGCACUCUACAACAGCAACAAGGGAGCCACAAAAAUCAUUGAGUCGUCCGGAGUUCAUUUUCAGACAGUGUAUGAGCACCUGGGGGAGCUGUUGGUGGUUCUACUCACUCUGGAUGAGAUCAUGGAGAAUCACGGCACCCUGAAAGACCACUGGAAGAUGUACAAGAGGUUACUGAAGUCAGUGCAUCAUAACCCUGGGAAGUUUGCCAUCCCAGAGGAGAAGCUGAAGCCAUUUGAGAAGCUGCUUCUGAAGCUCGAGGGACAGCUGCUGGACGGCAUGAUAUUCCAGGCGUGUGUGGAGCAGAGGUUUGACGACCCAGGAGAGGGAGUGUCGGUCUCUAAAAACAGUGCCUUCGCUGAAGAGUUUGCCCUCAACAUCCGCACUAUAUUCACCAACGUGGAGUCCAAGAUCGGCGAGCCCUCAGAGAUAGACCAGAGGGAUAAGUAUGCUGGGGUCUGUGGACUUUAUGUUCUUCACUUUCACGUCUUCAGAACUGUCGACAAGAAGCUCUACAAAGCCCUGCUAGACAUCUGCAAAAAGGUGCCUGCAGUGACUCUGACAUCUAACAUCAUCUGGUUCCCUGACACCUUCCUCAUGGCCAAGGUCCCGGCUGCAGCCAAGCUUAUGGACAAGAAGAGCGUUCAGAGCAUUAGAGCACAGAGAGACGCAUAUCUGCAGCAGAGAGCACAGACUCUCACCAAGGAUGUUCAGUCUUACUACGUGUUUGUGACGUCCUGGAUGAUGAAGAUGGAGGCCAUCUCGUCGAAGGAGCAGCGCAACGACAAGCUGUCAGAGGACCUCAGUAGCAGGUGUAACAUCUUUGUGCAGGGUAUCCUGUAUGCCUACAGUAUCGGCACCAUCAUCAAGACUACCAUGAACCUGUACAUGUCCAUGCAGAGACCCAUGACCAAGGCCUCCGUCAAAGCCCUCUGCAGACUGGUCGAGCUGCUCAAGGCAGUGGAGCACACGUUCCACAGGCGGUCCAUGGUGGUGGCCGACUCUGUUUCCCACAUAACCCAGCACCUGCAGUCCCAGGCCCUCAGCUCCAUCGGCACCGCUAAGAAAAGGGUGAUCUCUGACAAGAAGUACAGCGAGCAGCGUCUGGAUGUGCUGUCAUCACUGGUGAUGGCAGAGAAUGCUCUCAAUGGGCCCAGCACUAAAGAGCGCCGCCUAGUGGUUUCCCUGGCACUCAGUGUGGGAACACAGAUGAAAACCUUCAAAGACGAGGAGUUGCUCCCACUGCAGCUGGUGCUAAAGAAGUUGGACCUGAUCAGUGAGCUCAAGGAGAGGGUGAAGGUCCAGUGUGACUGUAGUUUCCUGUACUGGCACAGAGCUGUAUUUCCCAUCUACCUGGAUGAUGUGUACGACCACGCUGUAGAUGCUGCACGGAUACACUACAUGUUCAGCGCCCUGAGGGACAGCGUGCCCACCAUGCUUCACGCUAAACACAUGGAGUCAUGUGACCAGCUACUGGAGAGCUACGACACCGAGAUCAUGGAGGUGUUCAAUGAGCACCUGUUGGACAAGCUGUGUAAAGAGAUAGAGAAGGACCUGCGUCUGUCUGUCCACACACACCUGAAGCUGGACGACAGGAACCCCUUCAAGGUGGGCAUGAAGGACCUGGCCCACUUCUUCUACCUCAAACCCAUCCGCUUCUUCAACCGCUUCAUACACAUUAAAGCUUAUGUGACUCACUACCUGGAUAAGACAUUCUAUAACCUGACCACGGUGGCUCUGCAUGACUGGGCCACCUACAGCGAGAUGAGGAACCUGGCUACACAGCGCUACGGACUCAUGAUGACAGAGGCACACCUACCCAGCCAGACCCUAGAACAGGGACUGGACGUGUUGGAGAUCAUGAGGAACAUCCAUGUGUUUGUGUCCCGCUAUCUCUACAACCUCAACAACCAGAUCUUCAUCGAGAAGACAAGCAACAACAAGCACCUGAACACCAUCAACAUCCGCCACAUCGCCAACUCCAUCCGCACCCACGGCACGGGCAUCAUGAACACCACAGUCAACUUCACCUACCAGUUCCUGAGGAAGAAGUUCUACAUCUUCAGUCAGUUCAUGUACGACGAGCACAUAAAGUCCAGACUCAUCAAAGACAUACGCUUCUUCAGGGAGACCAAAGACCAGUCAGACCAGAAGUACCCGUUUGAGAGGGCAGAGAAGUUUAACCGUGGCAUCAGGAAGCUUGGCAUCACCCCAGACGGGCAGAGUUACCUGGACCAGUUUAGACAACUCAUUAGCCAGAUCGGUAAUGCCAUGGGCUACGUGCGCAUGAUCCGCUCUGGAGGACUCCACUGUUGCAGCAGCGCCAUCAGGUUUGUCCCUGACCUGGAGGAUAUAGUGAACUUUGAGGAGCUGGUGAAGGAGGAGGGGCUUUCAGAGGAGACCCAGAAAGCUGCCAGCCUUCUGGACUCUGUGCUGGGGGAUCUGACCAGUAACUCUGCCGAGGGGACAGAGUACUUCAAGAUGCUGGUGGGAGUGUUCGCCCCCGAGUUCCGCAGCAUCAAGAACAUGCACCUGAGAAACUUCUACAUGAUCGUACCUCCUUUGACAGUGAAUUUUGUGGAGCACUCCAUCGGCUGCAAGGAGAAACUCAACAAGAAGAACAAAGUAGGGGCAGCCUUCACAGACGAUGGCUUUGCCAUGGGUGUGGCCUACAUCCUGAAGCUGCUGGACCAGUACUUGGAGUUUGACUCCCUCCACUGGUUCCAGGCGGUCAGGGAGAAGUACAUGAAGGAGAUGAGUGCUGUGGUGAAGGAACAGAACGUCCAGGCCACCAGCCAGGAUGAGAAGCUCCUGCAGACCAUGAACCUCACCCAGAAGAGGCUGGACAUCUACCUGCAGGAGUUUGAACUGCUUCACUUCUCCUUGAGCAGCGCUCGGAUCUUCUUCAGGGCUGACAAGACGGCCGCAGAGGAGACCCAGGAGAGGAAGGACAGAGAAGUGGCUGCCAAAGCAGUGCCCACCUGUACAGAUGGCUCUGAACUUCUAAAAGACUUCUAAGGGACACUCAUGACUUCAUAGGUCAGAGUUCAAAUAUCAGUGCUGGGACUAAUCUGGAGCACAGGGGCACGCCACUGGAUGGAGAGGAGGAUAAGGUGGGGGAAAAACGGGCAGAAGACUACUGUCAUGUCCUGUGAUAUAAGAGUGAAAGUAGAAGACUGGAGUGUGUUCCUAGAGACAUGGAAGCCCCCCUUAGCAGGAAACGGGACAAUGAUGGAGAAAGAUCCAUUCUUUGCCCCUGAACUGCUGGGCAUUUGUGUUCUAGAUGGGUCCUGGGAGGCUCUGGUGAGAGAGGCAGAGAGGGUUCUAGUAAUGAUUUGCUUCAUGUGAUUCUGGUCUCAUGUCUGCAAAGCAUCUCAUGAUUAUGUCCCCAUGGAGGUGUCGCAUCAUUAAUAAAAUGGUAUCUCUUUCUCAAUCGCUCAAGCACACGCUCUUCUCUCUGUUGUCUGUCUCUUUCUCUGAUUAGCUACUUUGUAGCUUUUAACUGGACUGCUUCUUAUCAUUUAUUUUGGGGGAUGAGUAGUGAAUGUCAGGCAAAAUGUUAUUUAUUUUCUGUGGCUACAUUUGAUUGGUUAUAAUAAAUAAAUAAUGAGAGAGAGAGAGACAGCGAGAUAUGUCAGCAGACUGUUUACUCAGCCUGAAUAGACUAGAUGUCCAGUGGCACAACAGGCCAGAGAUAUGAUCAAAUCAGCAGCUCUGUAAUUAAUGACUCCGAUAUCGGGGAGAUGAUGUGUAAUCAAUUACGUUGAUUGAUGGAUUUGUAUCUGUGUGUACAUGUUACUUUCCACUUUUGGUUCUCAGACAUAAUGCUGAAACUCACGUCUUAAUCCUAACAUUUAUCUGCUACCUCUUCUGCAGUGCUGACAUCAUAGCCUGUGUCCGUGUAAUGUUGAGCAUCACAAUGAAUGAACACACAAUAAUCGGAUGUUCUUGCAGAAGAGAAGAGUGAUUUGUUGUGGUAGCUGGAUUCUCUGUAGUGUCUCCAUAGAAUAUUAUGAUGAUGUGUGUGCAUCACAUUUGACUUCAUGAAUGUUUUCAAAGUGCAAAGACAGACAUGACUUGAGUUGAAAUGCCAAGGUAGACAUUUUAUGUUUAUAUGAAAUUCUAUUGGAUUUCACUCCUUGCCAUUGUGAUUUUCUUUAAAUUCAGGCCAGGGUGCCUUUUUGAUUGUUCAAUGAUGACUCAUAUUGUGUAUGUUUCUAGACAUAAAAUACUGGUUGAACAUGCCAAGUCAUGAUGUCAUAGGGCCCUGUGUUUUGGGCAAUCAUGUAACAUGACCUGGAUUUUAACCUUUAUUUAAAGCUUUUUUGUCAAACUGGCCCCUUUUCUUUUUAUGUCAAUUGGUCCAGCACCAUCCUCAGACCGUUGUUUUCAUUUUUGGUGUCAUUCUCAUUUCUGUAAAAGGCUUCAAAUAAAGGUUCAAAUCUAGGUCAUGUGACAUGACAGCCAGUGGUGGAAAAGUACCCAAUUGUCAUACUUGAGUAAAAGUAAAAAUACCUUAAUAGAAAAUGACUCAAGUAAA